CGGACAGCCGUCGAGCGCAAACACACACAUCCGCGUCCUCUCAUCGGAUCAUCUGGACCCGCUCGGUGUCGGAGUCCCUCUUCGGUCAUGCGGGACGCAUCGGCACCGGAGCCGGCGCUCGCGCACACACCCGAUGGCGGCCCGUGAGCGCUCCGGGACCCAGCAUGCCCAACCGAACCGAGUCCGAGCCGCGGGAGACGCUGGCGCGCGCGCUGACCGGCUGCCUGCUGUGCGCGCUGAUCCUCUGGACUCUGUUCGGGAACAUCCUGGUGUGCGCCGCCGUGCUGCGCUUCCGCCACCUGCGCACCAAAGUUACGAACAUCUUCAUCGUGUCGCUGGCCGUGUCGGACCUGUUCGUGGCCGUGUUGGUGAUGCCGUGGAAGGCGGCGGCGGAGGUGGCCGGGUUCUGGCCGUUCGGCGCGUUCUGCGACAUCUGGGUGGCGUUUGACAUCAUGUGCUCCACCGCGUCCAUCCUGAACCUGUGCGUGAUCAGCGUGGACCGCUACUGGGCCAUCAGCAGCCCGUUCCGCUACGAGCGCAAGAUGACCCCCCGCGUGGCCUUCGUGAUGAUCGGCGCGGCGUGGACGCUGUCCGUGCUCAUCUCGUUCAUCCCGGUGCAGCUGGACUGGCAUAAAGCCGCCGCGGAGCCCAACGCCACCGACGACGACAACUGCGACUCUAGCCUGAGCCGCGAGUACGCCAUCUCCUCGUCCCUCAUCAGCUUCUACAUUCCCGUGGCGAUCAUGAUCGUCACCUACACGCGGAUCUACCGGAUCGCGCAGAUCCAGAUCCGGAGGAUCGCGUCGCUGGAGCGCGCGGCGGAGCACGCACAGAGCUGCCGGACGAACCGGCUCGCGUGCCAACACCACAGCAGCCUGAAGACGUCCCUCAACCGCGAGACCAAAGUCCUGAAGACUCUGUCCAUCAUCAUGGGCGUGUUCGUGUGCUGCUGGCUGCCGUUCUUCGUGCUCAACUGCGUGGUUCCGUUCUGCCACAACAAGCCGUCCGCGUCCUGCGUCAGCGACACCACGUUCGACGUGUUCGUGUGGUUCGGCUGGACCAACUCGUCCCUGAACCCCGUGAUCUACGCUUUCAACGCGGAGUUCCGCAAGGGCUUCUCCAGCCUGCUGGGCUGCCGGAACCGCUGCCGGACUCCGGUGGAGACGGUGAACAUCAGCAACGAGCUCGUGUCCUACAACCAGGACACGCUGUUUCACAAGGAGGUGGCGAGCGCCUACGUCAACAUCAUCCCGAACGAGGUGGACGACGCGUUCGACCGGAUCUCGCAGCUUUCGCGGGACAACGAGGACUCGGUGUGCGAGCUGGAGCGCGAGGCGGACGGUGCGUUCACGCCGAACGGCGUCCGCUGACCGGACUGU